AUGCUACUUUUGUUAGAUGAUCACAAGGUCACUAUAGAUUACAUACCAGGAGUGAAGGCUAUCGAACCAAGCAACCUUAUGCCAUACCUUCAAGCCACAAGACAUAUGGACAGUGGUGCACCGGGUUAUUUACCGAGCUUUCGAGGAUGUGAAAAAGUCAGACAUCAUUAUUUGCAACAUGGCUUUACUAAGUGGACCAUGUCCACAAGCCUCUGGUCCGGGUCCGAUUGGACCCAGUGGCUAAACACCAAGCCUAAUGGGUCUAUUCUCUAUGUUUCAUUCGGAAGCCAUGCACGUAAAUUUCGUGUUAUUCGACCCGAUAUUGUGAGCUCGAAUGAAACCAAAGUUCUUCUGACUGGAUUCAAAGAACGCAUAAAGGCCACAGGGUCAAUCGUGCAAUUGUGUAGCCAAAUUAAGGUAAUUUCACAUUCCGUGGUUGGGGGAUUUUCAUCCCAUUGUGGGUGGAAUUCUGUACUAGAAAGUAGCCAAAUUAAGGUAAUUUCACAUUCCGUGGUUGGGGGAUUUUUAUCCCAUUGUGGGUGGAAUUCUGUACUAGAAAAUCAAUUCACUAACCGGAAAUUAGUGGUUAAUGAUUGGAAAAUUGGGAUUAAUCUUUCCGAUAAAUCAUCAAUUACAAGGGAAGAAGUAGCAAAGAAGAAUAAGUGUUUAAUGAGUGGAAAAAAUUCAGAAGAAUUAAGAAACGCAAUUAAGGAAUUGAGGGGGAGAGUAGGGAAUGCAUUGGCAACGAAGGGAUCAUCUCAUAUAAAUUUCAAUCUUUUCAUUAAGGACUAG